CCACGACUGCAUAGCUUUUCUCCGUUGAUCCAUUGGAGGGAUGCCACAAGAGAUUUUAGUGAGACCUCAUGAAGAGGCCUACAUCAAGGCGCAUAAAGACGAACUGAAAAGAUUUCAUGGAAUGGAUCUGGUCUUCGAGGCUCGCAUGCGCUUCUUGGAGAUGCCUCCAGACGAGAGGGAGAAGCUGGCACCCAAUUGGAUCAACGAAGAUCAGCCGCUCUGGCACCAGGGCGGCGUUCCGUUGACAGCACUGAUUGAUGAGCAGCCAGACGUGCCAGUGUUGCUUCCAAUCACGGACUACUCCUUGCCACGGCGUCCGGAAACCGCGCCGGUGGGCGCCGACGAGCCGGCGCCGGAGCCCGUAAGCGGCCGUGGGGAGGCGGAGCUGCAGACGGUGCUGCAGGAGGUGGCGCAGCAGGUGACGCGGACGCCAGAACAAGAAGAACCUGAGUUCGCUCUCACGGUACUGGCAGAUACGCCUGAAAGACAGGAACGGCAGGAACGACCGCGUUUGGAGAAUCAGCAGACGGAUGUUCGUAACAUCUUGGAGCGCCAGCUGUUGGAGUGACUUCCGCCCAAGGCGCCUGCCAACUCCUUCAGCUUCCGCCCACGACGCGACGCGUUUGCAAUGUCGGCGCAGUGAAAAA